GCGGGUGAGCGCGGAGCUGCGAACCGAGUCUACAAAGUGAGCUGCCCGCGCCGGCCGGGCCAGAAGUGCGCAGACCGUCGGGGAGACCGGGCGACAUUCAGCAUCCGCUCCACCGCGAGCCGCGAACCGCGAGGCCAGAGAGCUGCCAAGUCCAGCUGCUGUGCCGCGCCGAGCAGCAGAGCGCCGAGCCCAAGCAUCGAGUAAACAGUAUCCGAGUGUCAACGCCAUGCCCGCGUUGUGGUUGUUGGUGGCCGCGGCGAUGGCCGUCAGCGCGCUGGCCGGGCCCGUCGGCAAGACCCCCGCCUCGCCGUCACCGGCCCCCAAGACGCCCCCCGGCCCCAAGCCGGGCGCCAACGCCGUGACGGCCGCCGAGCGCGCCUGCCUGGACGACCUCAAGCUGCUGUACCCGGGUGACGGGCGCUGCCACCAGCUCCUGUCCACCGGGCCCUGCAAGUCCCACGAGUGGCUGGUGCUGGACGCGCGCGCCCCCGACCGCCUGCGGCCCGUGUGCGCCCGCGUGCCGUGCGCCGAGCGCGAGGUGCUGUGGCCGCGCGACGGGCGCUGCUACCAGCGGUACCGCGACCGCGACCUGCUGUGCCCGCACGCCCGCAACCUGCUGGUGCCCAACCCGUUCGGCCUGGGGGAGUGCUCGUGCAUGCGCACGCCCCCGCACGCGCGUGACGCGGCGGCCGGCGGCGACGGCGCGUGCCACCCGCUGUUCCACCGCGGGCCCUGCGCCGAGGGCGAGGUGCUCAUGCCCAGGGCCAACGGCACGGCCGACCAGGGCGAGUGCGCGCGCGACCCUUGCCACCGGGAGGGCCAGGCCGGCGUAAGGGCCGGCGAGGCCCCCGCCAUGCCCAUGGUGCUGUGGCCGACGGACGCGGGCGGCGACGGCAAGUGCCACGCGCUGGGCGCCAUGGACGUGUGCCCCGAGUCCGCCACCUUCGGCAUCCACCCCCAGACGCUGCGGCCCAGCUGCAUCGUGCGCAUCAACCACCUGCUGCCGCCCACGCCGUGCUCGGGCGACCGCUGCAGCCCCACCAACACGGCGGCCUACAGCGAGGGCUACAUCAAGGAGCUGUUCCAGGCGCACAAGUCGCACAAGAACUUCAAGCGCGCCGGCUGAGGCUGCGGCCGAGGCUGAGGCGGCGCACGGUUGUGUUUUUGCUGCCUUCACUGCGAUUCGCGCCGCGGAGAGCGCCCCGCCCCCUUCGCCCCCCGCCCCCCUUCGCCCCCGCCCCCCGC